AUGGCGGCGCUAACCGAGACCCCGCCCGAUAGGUUCCAGAAACAUGUCGCAUUUGACAAUGUUCCAACCGGCGAACCGACCAAGAAUAAUGCCAUUUCGUUCACACUCAAUGUUCGACACAUGGGCUACCAGGCUAGACGCAGAUCACGGUGCUUCAUGGUUGGAGUUGACGAGCAUACCUACUCCGAUUAUGCUUUGCAGUGGCUUCUGGACGAGCUUGUCGACGACGGCGACGAAGUUGUUUGUGUGCGAGUAGUUGAGAAGGACUUGCGUUACUCGAGUAGGGAAUAUCGAGAAGCUGCUGAGAAGGUCAUGCGAGGUAUUCUUGACCGUAAUGGCAAUAACAGGGCCAUCAAUAUUAUUCUUGAAUACGCCGUUGGCAAGUUGCACACGACUUUCCAGCACCUGAUGUACCAGCCUGCAAUGCUCAUUGUGGGGACUAGGGGACGUACACUUGGUGGUCUACAAGGACUGGUUAACACACGCAAUUCUUUCUCCAAAUACUGUCUCCAAUACUCGCCUGUACCUGUAGUCGUGGUACGACCUACGGAGAAGCGCGUUAAGAAGAAGACUAAGCGGGCUAACGACUCUGCACGACAAACCUAUGUGAGCAUGUUGGCCGCAACAGCUGGAAAGCACGAAGCCGAUAGCGAGGCAAGCAGCACUUACGAGCUAGAGAUUCAAAACUCUCCCGACGAGGAAGCCCAUCAGGUUGCACGUGCCUUGGGGCUACCUGCAGCUUUUGAUCCGACGAUCAAGCCCCUUAAUCAUGGUCACGUGCUUAACGUCAAACCGCAGGCCUCCGUCAGUACAUCUACCGAAGCACCGGAAAACCAACGAGUUAUCAAAGACGAUGACGGCGAAAGCGAUGAGGAUGACGACGAUGACGAUGAUGACUCAGGUGAAUUCGAGGUUGUUAGUGGACAACAGGCUCUAGAUCAGGAGAAGUUGGAGCAGCUUCACAAGAUGGAAGUAGGCGAAGCAGCGGCGUUCAAGAUGAAGGUUGACGACCUAGAAGAUGACUGA